AUGGAAUUGAAGCAUUUAGAGGAUUUCAAGCUGGAAUCAAUCCCCGAUGGCUUGCCAUUGGAGCAUGGCCGGGAUGUUCCGAGCCGUUCUGAUGCCACAGGGAAAUAUUUCUUGAGUCCUUUCCGGGAUUUGGUUUCAAAACUCAAUGGCUACAUACAAGUCCCUCGGCUUACAUGCAUAAUUUCGGAUCGCAGCUUUGCGCAUGUGGUUGCAAAAGAGCUCGGGAUCCUGACAAAUGAGAAUUUCAUGACCAACGGUGAACUAGAAGCAGUUGUCGAUUGGAUACCUGGAAUGCCCAAUAUCCGUCUAAGGGACUCACCCUCCUUCAUUAGGACAACCAAUCUUAAUGAUCCCAUGUUACAAAAUUGCACGGUUGGAUGCCCUGAGGCUCUCAAGUCUUCGGCAUUGAUCAUCAACACAUUCGAAGAAUUAGAGAAAUCUGUUCUCGAUGCCAUAAGAGAAAGAACCCAUUGCCCAAUCUACACAAUCGGCCCGAUUGCAAGCUUUAGCCAGUUUGAAUCCAAAGACUGUUUAAAGUCAGUUUCAAUGAGUCUUGGGAAAGAAGAGGAUGCUUGUGUAGAAUGGCUCAACAACAAGGAGACUAGCCAAAGGCCUUUCAUAUGGGAUAUUCGCAAAGAUCUUGUAGUUGGCGAAUCGGCAAUGUUAGAAAAAGAAUUUGUCGAAGCAACCAAAGAAUGCGGGCUAAUCUUAAGUUGGUGUAACCAGAUGAAAGUACUGCCACACCAUGCCAUUGGUGGCUUCCUAACUCACAAUGGCUGGAAGUCUACACUUGAUAGCAUUCUCAAUGGCGUGCCGAUGAUUUGUUGGCCCUUUUUUGCCGAUCCACAAACAAAUUGCUGGUACGUUUGCAAGGAAUUGGGCAUUGGGAUGGAGAUAAACAAUGAUGUUAAGAGGGAGGAUGUGGAAGAAUUGGUGAGAAAGUUGAUGGGAGGAGAGAAGGGUAAAGAGUUGCAGUUAAAGGCCAAGAAAUCGAAGGUGAGCUCAAAAAUUGUUGUUCAAUUUGGAGGUAGCUCUCAUAAUAACUUCGAGCGGCUAAUAAAGGAAGUGCUUCUAAAGAAGCACUAA